ACGAGCCCAUCUCUUCGCCCAGCCGUCACCACCAAAUUUUCCACGUCGACAACCUCAACCACCGCAAAGAUGGCCAACAUGCGCGUUCAGUACCGCCGACGCAACGGCUACAACACCACCUCCAACCGAACCCGAGUCAUCAAGACUCCCGGUGGUGAUAUCCGUCUGCUUCACAUCAAGAAGCGAGGCACUGUCCCCAAGUGCGGUGACUGCGGCUCCAAGCUCUCUGGUAUCCCCGCUCUCCGACCCCGCGAGUACUCCCAGAUCUCCAAGCCCAAGAAGACCGUCCAGCGCGCUUACGGUGGUUCUCGAUGCGGUAACUGUGUUCGUGACCGUAUUGUCCGAGCUUUCCUCAUUGAGGAGCAGAAGAUCGUCAAGAAGGUGUUGAAGGAGCAGGAGCAGAGCCAGAAGAAGAAAUAAAUGCAAUCCUAAUCGGAUUUGGCUUUCUGCGUGGGAAUGGCAAGGACCUCUGGGGAUUCGGUUCAUUGCUUUGGUGUUCAUUAGGCAAAAAGGGACUGAAUGCAUGAUACAUCGGGCCGCGGCCAGAAUGGAUGGCCCUCUGCUGUCUUAGGACUGCUACUAUCCUCUUGGUGACUUGAAUGACAAAAGAACAUCAAGCUGGCGUGGACCGCUGCCAUUCGCACGAGUGAUGAUUCUGUGGACUGGUCAAUGUGUGUAUCUCAAUGCACAUUGGCGUGAUGUGAAAUAAAAGCUACCGGCGCCAGACGGUCAAAAUAUACAAGCCUGAAAUUUUCUGAUACAUGCAUUCAAUUGUUGAUCAUAAUCACUUUUCA